GAGAGGUAGGUCGGGCGAACAAAACCCAUCCACAUUCCUCUUGACUCUCUUUUCCCCUCCACCUCCCAAAUAUCAUACCCAUUUCCCAUUUUCUCCUAUCUCGUACAUUAUACCCAAAAUCACAACAAUGGCACCAAGAAUCAUUGUCGUUGGCGGAGGACUGUCCGGUCUCAGUGCCGCGCAUACCAUCUACCUCAAUGGCGGAAACGUCGUUGUCCUCGAUAAGCAGGGCUUCUUCGGUGGAAACUCGACAAAGGCCACUUCCGGCAUCAACGGUGCCCUCACCAGGACACAGGUCGACCAGAAGAUCCCAGAUUCCGUCAAGCUCUUCUACAACGAUACCCUCAAGUCCGCGAGAGAUAAGGCCAGGCCAGAUCUCAUCAAGGUCCUCACAUACAAGUCCGCUGCGGCUGUUGAGUGGCUGCAAGACGAGUUCAACCUGGACCUGACUCUCGUCUCCCGUCUUGGAGGACACUCCGAGCCAAGAACUCACAGAGGUCACGAUGCCAAGUUCCCCGGCAUGGCCAUCACCUACGCCUUGAUGGUGCGUCUCGAGGAGCUCGCCGAGAAGGAGCCUGAGCGCGUCCAAAUCAUCAAGAAGGCCCGCGUCACCGCCGUCAACAAGGAGGGCAACAAGAUCACCGGUGUCACAUACGAGUUCGAAGGCAAGCCCGCCGUGCUCGAUGGCCCCGUCGUCCUCGCGACCGGUGGCUACGCCGCCGAUUUCACCGAGACCUCCCUCCUCAAGAAGCACAGGCCCGACACCUUCAACCUCUCCUCCACCAACGGCGUGCACGCCACCGGUGACGGACAGAAGAUGGUCAUGGCCAUCGGCGGCAACGGCAUCGACAUGGACAAGGUCCAGGUCCACCCCACCGGCCUGGUCGACCCCAAGGACCCCAACUCGAAGUGGAAGUUCCUCGCCGCCGAGGCCCUCCGCGGCGAAGGUGGUCUCCUCCUCAACGGCGACGGCAACCGCUUCUGCGACGAGCUCGGCCACCGUGACUACGUCUCCGGCGAGAUGUGGAAGGAGAAGGAGAAGGGCAAGUUCCCCGUCCGCCUCGUCCUCAACUCCAAAGCCUCCAACGUCCUCGACUUCCACACCCGCCACUACGCCGGCCGUGGCCUAAUGAAGAAGAUGACCGGCGAGGAACUCGCCAAGGAAAUCGGCUGCACCCCCCAGCACCUCCAGAGCACCUUCACCGCCUACAACUCCAUCGCCGACGGCAAGGACAAGGACCCCUACGGCAAGAAGUUCUUCCACAACGGCCCCGUAAAUGUAGACGACUACUUCUACGUCUCCGUCAUGGAGCCCGUCCUCCACUUCACCAUGGGCGGAAUCGAGAUCAACGACCAGGCCCAGAUCCUCAACUCCGAGGGCAAGCCCUUCGAGGGCCUCUACGCCUGCGGUGAGCUCGCCGGUGGCGUCCACGGCGCUAACCGCCUCGGUGGCUCCUCCCUCCUCGGCUGCGUCGUCUACGGUCGCGUCGCUGGUGAUACCGCUGCAAACUACCUCUUCCAGGAGACUCUUAAGAGCGCUGGAGGCGCAAACCAGCGUCUUGGCCAGAUCUCCCUGCACAUUGACCCCUCGCAGCCCGGCCGCGUCUCCGUCACCUGGGACGGCGCAUCCGGUGCCGGCGCGCCUGUUGCAUCCGCUCAAGCCGCUGCUGCCCCCGCCCCCGCCGCCGCUGCCGCACCAGCGAAAUUCUCCAUCCCAGAGAAGGAGUACACCCUCGAGGAGGUGGCUAAGCACAACACCAAGGGCGACCUCUGGGUCGUCGUCAAGGGCGUCGUGAUGGAUCUCUCUGAUUGGCUUGAUGAGCACCCCGGUGGACCGCAGGCGAUUAUGAAUUUCAUGGGGAAGGAUGCUACUGAGGAGUUUGAGAUGUUGCAUGAUGAUGAGGUGAUCCCUAAGUAUGCGCCUAGUCAGGUUAUUGGGAGGGUUAAGGGACAGAAGGUUACGUUGGAGAUCUAGAUGGUUAGAUAUGAUGAUGAUAGGAGGAAAAGAAGGGGGGUGUUUGUUGGAUUAAAUUGUAUUGAUAGCAGGCCUUUUAUUUGAAUGCGAUAUGCCACUUCUUACAGUA